GGUCUUGUAAUCCAGCCAAGUUCAGUCGUCCACCGUUACUCCCGACCUAUCGACGUUGGCCUAUCCAGUGGGCGGUUUCUGGCGGCAACUUCCAACAGUGGCUCGUUAUACCGCCAUACAGGGCGCAUAUAUAUUGACGGUCGCCUCUAGUAUUUCUUUCAGUUGUGAUCAUACUAGUUGACGUGAAUUAUCUCAGUUUGCUGGCGUCCGUCAAGUUACCAAAAAGCGACGGUUGUUUGUAUUUUAAGUUUAAAAUAAAUUGACUAGAAAAAAAAAACAUGAACUCCGGACUUUCCAGCGGACCCCAUGGAGGGGAUGACAGCACUGACAGGGAGAAAAACGCACUUUACGAAUUGGUGGCGUCAGCUCCCAGUCGGAAAAACUGGAAAGGGAUGCUUAUUGCUAUCUGUGUCAUAUUCGCUAUUCUCGGUUGCAUUUUGGCUUCCGUGAUUGUCAUGACUCCUGUAGAUGACGGACCUCGUGUAAAAGGCUCGAGAUUCUCUUUGGAGGAUGUGCUGGGCGAUAAAUUCCAACCGCUGAAAUUCAACGGGUCCUGGUUGAAAAACAACCAACUCUUGAUUACCGACGGAAAUGAUAACCUGCAAAUAUUGGAUGCUCCUAGUGGGACUCUUCAGCCACUCUUGUACAACGAGUCUAUUCCGGUGCCACCAGGAUCAACAUAUUCUUUAUCACCAGACAAUCGAUUUCUCCUUCUCACAACUGAUUACAGAAAGAGACCCGGAAGCAUCGAGGAAUUUGAGGCGAAAGUUUACGACCUUUCCACAGGAAUCGUUUACCCCAUACCCUCCGCCUCCCCGGAUGAACGUGUGCCGAUUCAGGCCGUCAUGUGGAGUCCCUCCCCCCGUAAUGGCGCACUUGUGUACUGCCACCAGAAUGACAUUUAUUACAUUCCGGAUAUUACUAUUGAUCAAACCGAGAGAAUAACUUCAGAUGGAUCUUUUAAUAGCAUUUCUAAUGGGGUGCCAGACUGGACCUAUAGAGCAAUGGCAAAGCAACCAGCAAUGUGGUUCUCUGAGACCGGUGAUCGCCUGUCAUACAUCGCAUUCAAUGACACCGCCAUACCGGAGAUCAAACUUUCGAUUUACAGCGAACCUGAUUCUUUUGAAUUGUACACUGAGCAAGUUCUCAUACGCUAUCCAACGCCUUCGUCACCGAUCCCCCGAGUCAGUUUGCGCGUUGUUGAUUUGAUGGAAAAAGAUAUCGUCAAAGAAUUGCGGCCGCCAUUAAGCAUAAGAGACCAGGAGUAUUAUCUAACAAUGGUCAAAUGGGUUAACGACCAAAGAAUAUGCGCCAUUUGGACUUUACGCUCGCAGAACGUUUCUCUGAUUUCUUUUUGCGAUGCCGGACCGUGGCAUUGUCAAACGGUAUCUACCAUUGAAAGUGGUUUGGAAGGAUGGCUUGAUGUGGGUGCUGAUAUGCUUUUCCAUCCCAACGGAAACUCCUUCCUUCACUUGGCGCCAGUUCAAAUAGACCACACGCAAGAUUAUUUCACCAACAUCAUUAUGGUUGACGCCGUCAAGAGACAUUCGUGGCCUGUCACCCAAUACAAAUCAGAAAUCCAUCACCUGCUCGGAUGGGAUACGAACAAUGGGCGAAACCUUGUGUAUUACUCGGCUUCAGCCGAAGGUGGCCGAUCGAAAAGACAAGUCUACAGGGUUGAAAUCAACGGCCAAAAAGCCGAUCAGAACACCGUCGAGUGUCUGACGUGCUCUGUUCAGGCUCGUCAUCUGGCCGAGCAGUCCUCACAUUCAGUUACUUCCUCUACUUCCGGUUCUUCUUCUUCGUCCAAAUCUCAAGCGAAAAAUUCGACUCCUUUGAAUUUCACGAGUUCGCAUCCGAACCAGUACCACUCGAACUCUACGUGCCGUUAUUCCAACGCCAUACUGAGUCCGAGCCUCGAGUACUACGUGCACGAAUGCCUAGGACCUACUAUACCCUAUGUUGAAGUUCGAUCGCUGCCGACCAACAAAUUGGUCAAAUUGAUUCAAGUUAAUCGACAGUUGCAGUUGGAUUCGAUGGACAAAGCAUUCCCUAGAAAGAUACAACUCAAAGUCCCGUUGCUCGUCGACAACACUCCUUGGAAGAGGAGUCAACCUGAUUAUGUUGCCGUUGAACUUUAUUUGCCACCCGGCUUGAAAGAGGAAGAAUCGACAGUUUACCCAUUACUAGUUUGGACGACCGACGAACCGGCAACGGUCAGUGUCACAGAUGAAUGGAAAAUGGACUGGGCAACUUACAUGGCUUCAGGCCGGGACGUGAUCGUAGCGAAAAUUGACUUGCACGGAUCGCAAGGAAGUGGUCAUCUGCUCCGGAAUUCCAUUUACCGGCAGCCCGGGGUUUUGGAGGCGGUAGAUUUAAUUCAAACAACAAAAAUAUUGCAAGAAACAUUUGCGUUCAUCAGUCCGAUUAAAACCGCAUUAAUUGGCUCUCACUAUGGUGGAUUCCUUUCUCUUUAUACUCUGGCCAACGACCCAGGGGCAGUUUUUGGCUGCGGGAUUGCAAUAUCACCCGUUUCGUCCUGGAAGACACUAACCGCUCCUUACGCCGAACGUUACCUCGGCCUUCUCAGUGAACGCGAAGGACAGCGCCACUAUUUCGAAGCUGAUUUGACUACCUGCACCAAGAAUUUACACGCUAAAAAAGUCUUCCUUUUGCAUGGAACUUUGGAGGAAAAGUACCACGUAACUCAUUCGAUGCUGAUCGCCAAGAGUUUGAUCGAGAAACGGUUUUCAUUUCAGCAACAGUUGUAUCCGGAUGCCAACUACCAGAUGAUGUUGCGUAACGCCCAGAUGUACGAGAGCAUAGACAUAUUUUUGAACGGCUGCUACGACGGAAGAGAAAUGCCUGAACUAGAUAACACACUCCACAAGGGAGAUUAACAUUCGACUAUCUUGAAAGAAAGAUUAAAAAAAAAAAAAUACUCUUGAUAGUACAUCAUCAAAACUAGUCAUUCUAUAAUUACUUUUAAUUGAACUUACAAUUGCACUAUAUUAUUCUUCCAUAACUUAUUCUUGAUCUCACGACGUCACAAUUAAGUGAUCCUUUUUUAACACUCCAUCAAGACAUGACAAUUAACCAAAUAGCCUAAAUAUAAUUGACGACGCACAAAACUAUUCAUAAAAGCUCUCGAUACCAAAUAUUUUAGUUUGAAAUUUGUUUUGACAAAUCUAAUAAUCACGUUAUCCCUAGACAAGAAAACAUUUCGCCGAUAACAGUAUAUACAUGUAUAUCUAUUUCGUUUGUAUUUAUUACAUUGUUAUUGGUUUUACCUUAUAAUUCUGAUUAUACCCUUGCAUAUAAUGCCCCCCAAGGACUCUUGGUACAAACUCUGUGGAAUUAUACGUUCAAACUUUAAA